UACAACCCUAACCCCCAAGCUUCGCCCAGUCUUCGCGUCCGGCCUCGGAACAACCGCUGCCGGCUGUUUGAAAAUUUGCAAGCUCCGCCUUGCUCUGCCAGAAACUCCUCGUCUGUGAUCGCGUGGCUCCCCAGACCUGUUUGUAGUCUCUGGGCGCGCCCCAACCCAACACAACGCAAACACAGACCUGUUCUGUGUAUGACCAUAAUGAGAGCGGCACGACAAUUGAUAACAUCUCAAUAACGUCAUUUACUUUCUUUUCCUUUCUCAAUUCCCCCAGUCCUCCCAUAAUGCCUCCUCGGUUACCGUCCCACCCGCUGCAGGCCUGCUGCGCAGAGCUUUCAAGCCUCUCCAGCAGCAGCUCCGGAAGCAUCGCGGUCGCCUCGGCGUCACCACUCGAGCGCGCACUUCUCUCCUCCCAAUUCCUAUCCCUCCCGUCGUCGUGCAGGUCCUUUCAGACCAGCACCAGCCGCCAACGACGAAAUGCGCCAAUCCUGAAGCAGCGGAUGCAAGACUGGUUCAAGAAGCAGGGCAAGGAUCUGAAGAUCCACAAUCCCGGCCAGCCAAAUUACCUGCAGAACAGAUCGAAAGGCCCACCGCGCCCAUUCCCCUCCAACCCCGCGUUCAUCAGCCAGCCCGUCCUAUCCGAGGAGGCACGCGAAUUGAUCUGGAACAAGGUCAUGGUGAAGUGGGAGGGCGUCAAGGCCGUCUCCGCCGAGCUGGGCGUUGACCAGAGGAGGGUAGCAGCCGUGGUGAGGAUGAAAGAGGUGGAAAAGGACUGGGAAGCAAAGGGCCAAAAGCUGGCAAAAGUCUACUCCAGGGCUGUUCUCGAGAUGGUGCCCACACACAGCUAUCCUGAGGACCAGCCAAUACAGGCCCUCGAGCCGAUCAAUGAGAUCCACGUGCACGGUUACACGAUGCAGCAGCUCUUUGUGCCAACUUCGGAAUCGCGGCACUUUACGCGCGAGGAUGCGGCAAAGGCGUUCCACCAUACCAUGCUGUCGCCCGACCAGCGUGUGCCACACCGUGAGCUUGUGGAAAUGGAAAGGAGGGUCAAGGACGGAAUGAAGCAGAAGGAGAGCUGGGAUCUGUUCAAGAAGGAAGCCAAGAAGUCCGAGGACGACAGGGACUCCGAGAUCCUCUCCAAGGCAGAGAAGGAGAAGAAGAACACCACGACUAUCGCAACAGGCCGAUUCGAAUUCCGGAUCAAGUCAGUCAGUGCUGAUGAUGUCGGCAAGGACGGUCGCUCUAGGGGAGGUGUCGGCUGGAGGUACGGCAUUCCGUUUGAAGACCGGAAGAAGAACCAAGUCAAGAUCCCUACCAAGAUCGACUAGAUAUACCUGAUGGGAGCAACAUAUGUACAACAAAUUAUAUAACAACGAUGAUACGAGCGGCAGGAUACCCCCUUGGAUGAACAGCGUUGUCAUGAUAGUGUGUAUUUUCAGACUGCGUACGGCGCGUCAGAACUCCUCGCAAUGCCGGCUCUAUCUACCCCUGAAAAAAAGAGAACGGCCCCGAAUGCAGACACCCUCCUUUGGAGCCGUCAUAGCCUGAUCUGCCACGCGUCACGCCACAACCAGCAGCUUUUGAUGCUCCUGCCAGUCAACAGGCCGGUGAACCCCGCCAAUCUCAACAACUAGAUUCCUCCUAAUCUGCCCAAUCUCCUCAUCAGACAAUCCGCACCGCCCCUUGACGAAAGCCUCGACGCCCCCAUACUCCCGGCGGAUCAGCGCCAGCGUGCCCAGCAUAGCUUCAGGUCGAGAGCCAACCAUGCGCUCGGCGGCAGCUCGGUCGCCUUUGAGCGGGCCGGAGCGCGUCAGGCUCUCGACGAACUCGGCACGGCGGUGGCCCAAACCCAGGUCAGUCAGCGAGUACUCGUGGGCGACGGCGUCGUCGGGCACGCCGCACAGAGACAGCACGAGCGCGCACAGGACGCCUGUCCUGUCCUUGCCGGCGGUACAGUGCGUCAGGAUCGGCGUAGGGGCCUGCGAUGCCGAGGCGAGGUGGCGCAGGACGGCGGCGAAGGGUUGUGCGCCGCUGGGGUCAGUUCCGCUCUUGAGGAUGCGGUCGUAGACGUGCACGAAGCCCUUUGCUGUUUCGUCAGCCUUGUUUCAACAUCCUGGCGGGCUUGGAGCCUUGGAUCUGUGAGGCGGGGAGGCCUGGCUCGGCCAGAGAGUGAGGGCAGUGUAGCAGACGAGAACAAGGGGCGGAAGUGCUACUGGGGGAUGGUGAGGCUUGAGCUGGUGAGCGAGGGGCUUGGAAACCGAGGACAAGACCACUGGCGACAUGAAAUAUCCAGAUCGAGACUGCUGCAUAAGGCAUCUCCCGAGCAGCCUCGGCUCACCGCAGCUCGGGCUUUGCUGAGCACACACUGCGGCCAUGACAAUGCAGCUAGAUUAGGAGGCAAAAAACACGACAUGAAGGUGGCAUGCCAACUCACCCCGCCCUCGGCGCUUGAGAAAUGCGCAUACCGCCUCGCAACAGCCUCAGGGCUGUAAUCCUCGUCCAAGAAGACAGGCGCAAAGAUCCUCUGGGCGCCGUCCCACUCCCUCGGCUGCCUGCCGCCGAGCUCGGCGUCGUGCUUUAGCUCUGGCAGGGACCGCAGGUCAAAGACGUGCGAGAUGCGCAGGGUGUCGCGCAGGACGGCGAUGCCGUCGUCCGUCAGCAGCGAGGGCUCGCUGGAGCGGAAGAGGAUGCCCCGGCGGAUGAUCUUGCGCGGCUCCCCAUCGCCGUCCUCGCCGCUGGUGUUGGUGACUGGAUAGCCGCCGCAGUCGCGGAAGUUGGGGAGGCCUGGGACGUCCACAAAGGGAGGCAUUGGCAGUGGCGUAGUGGUUGCUGCCAUUUUUGCUGCUAUUUUGUGCUGCUUGGCGGGCUGUCUGUCGCGUGAGGAUUGGUCAAGCCCUGAAGCGCUGAAGGGAUUCGGAUUCGGUGCUUGGAAGGGAAGUGUCUUGGGCGAGCCGGCAAAGCUGGGCGAAGGUGGCUGUUGGCGGGAAGGAAGCAGCUGCAGCGGUUGCAGAUAAAAAGAGGCAGUUGUGGGUGCGGGUGGGUGUGUGUGGUGGAGAGUCAGCCCAUCUCGCUUCCUCCAUCGACGGGCAACGCUUGCCAACACAGCUCUCACUUCCCGAGGUCGGCCACUUGAGCAGUCAAUGUGCACGGGCGAGUCUGAUAACAGCCACUCGGCGCCCAAUCUACAGACAAGAGCGCCUCAGCAAUUGCGCUGAAUGCCCGUUGCGUUGCCCGUUGAAUUGUCUUGUUCCCAUCCACGACCCCGGCAUGUCAGGGCGGAAGCGGAAGCACCCCUGUUCCCCGGGUGCAUUGUCGGCUUCUCCCCGCCCUGCUAGCCCCCCUCACCUCCGGUGACAGGCCGGAGCCGGCCUCACCCCCGACCACAACCAAGGUGGAGAUCCUCUGGGACAUCCCAGCCGUUGCCGCGGCCCUGCGAGUGCUUCUCGAGAUCCUGCUUGCACUGGAGCCCCUUGGCUGCGAGCUGCAGGUAGUGACUUGGUUGCAACUAUAUCUUGUUCAGUAGGCUCAAUGAUGGGUUCAAUCCGGCCGUGAGUUGUCUGCUUUCACCACAUCAACUUGAACAGCCGGUAGAAGAGAACUCAACGAUGGUUGCUUCACAUCUUGCUGAAAGGGACAGUUGACCCCGGUGGAGGGCAGCUGGAACUGGAAUCAGUGACAGCCCUGAGGGGACUAAACUAUUGGCUGCACUCCUCGUAAUUUGAACUGCUUGACUGGCCACCGCCGUGGGGUCGAUUCAAACCACAUCACCCAUGAAAGAACAUACUCAGAAACAAAUCAGUACUCUCUCGGCCAGCAUCCCUCUCACCCCCAACUUGCUUGCAGCUGUGGCAGAUCACCAGGCGAUGUGCCCCCCCCCCCCUCCAGCCUGCAGGUCAGCCAGCCAACAAGCCCCAUGCAGGGGCCGGCAGCCGAGGUCCCAUCCACUACAAGGCGCGAAAACUACCAAGUACCUAGCUCCUGCUUUUGCCUUUAUUUUCUCACACCUUCCUGGCUGACAAGAGCAACGGUCUACGUACGGGGUACAGUGACGACGCGGCGGUUCCAGGCCAAUCAAUGGGCGCUUCUCGUCCUCUCCGAAGCUGUUUACGCAGGGGACAAGACUUUCCUAGUAGCCUUUUGCUUUUCCCCUCUCCCCAGGCUGCAGUGCAGAUCGCCGUUACGCCAUCCCGACGCUCGUGUAUGUACAAGAGGGAAGACGGACUUUGCAGCUCCACAUCUCGCCUCGCGCCGGGCUGCCCAUGAGGUUGAAAGGCAUAAUGGCGGGCUGAUUAGACUUUUGCUCUUGUGUUGGGUGUAUAACCUACCCAAUUGCUUGGGCAGUUACACAUGCUGGCCGUUAGCGUUUGUUGCCUUAUUUUCAUGACCCGCGUCGUCGGGCGGCCCCCAUUCUCAAGGCAGCCAUCUCCUUCGUCCCCUUCCCAACCAGCCUGCCUGGGAAUCACAGGGCGAAACGAAACAGCGCAGAGCCUAGGCGUGAGGCCAAAUUCGCCACUCCGUCAUCCCCUCUGUGUUUGGCCACUCCGCCCCUGGCCCAAAACCUGGGCCGGCUACGCCUCGGGGCCAAAAAAGCUGCCUCGUGUCGUUUCUUGUGUGCCCGCGAGACACAGGCCCGGGGUCCUCACCGCCCUCGCGUCCUGUCUGCCCGUGCUACAGCUCGAUUGAGCACAGCUUGCGUUGGCUUAGGCCAGUGUGAACCCUAGGGCAUCAUCUGUGAGUGGGAGUGUGAUGUCAGGGCGGGGAGGCCUCAAGGCACAGCGCCCAGCAGGGCCCUCUGUCUGGUCGCUAUUCAUCAAUGGUAGCCUGGGUCACGGUGCCCGUCAGCUCCCCCCCCCCCGGCCCACCUGCGGAGCCGCAACACCAACUGCCGUGGUCAUAAUGUCGCGAUCAAUGACGACAGCAAUGGAGGCCGGCUGCUGCCCCCCGCGGGUUCCCUUUUUUGGCGCGGGGUAGACACAGCUUGGUCAGAAAAAUAACAACAAUGCAUGGAACUUCUGCAAUGUUUCCCGUGGAACUUUUGUUGUCACACUCGAUCUCAGAUUGCAUCUGGUUUGGCAGGUGUGGGUGUGUGGAGAUCUGCAGCACUCCAAGACUUGCAUGAUGGUGCGCGCUGGGGGAGGGGAGCGAGGGGCCAACCACAAACAACUCCAUGAUAAGCCUGGAGAGGAAGGCAACUUUCAGGACCUUCUGUGAAUGCGGCCGCAUUUCCAGACCGUGGAACGCCAGAGGGGUAAGCAAGGGGUCAAUGAAACUGCGUGCUUUUUACCCGCCAUCUGGGCAGCGUCAAACAAGGGACGGGUCGUGUUGGUGUAUAAGUUUAUUCAGACUACAAUACAGGCCCAAAAUUGCGAUUCCCUUCACCACGUGCGCCGUUAUAAAAUGCAAAAUGGUAUCAAGUUGUUUCCAGCCCCUAAGACCAAUUUUUUUCCUGCUCUUUUUGUUCUGACACGAAGCCGGUGGCAGGCGAGGUCGUUGAGGCGAGGUCGUUGAGGUCACGAGAGUCGGCAGGUUGGGGGGGGGGGUGAUAUCGUGCUGGGGAAAGAGCUGAUUGCUAAGGGAUGGCGAACCCUCAACAGCCUGGAAUUCACAUCAGUUCCAACCGUGCCUGUUUUAUUCCAAUAAAGCAUGUGGGAAGGCUCACCAUCAAAGGAUGUCUCCUGUUG